GCGGGGUUCGACCAAUGAACGCGGGCGUUGCUGGGGGACGAUGCGGGCGGCGGUGUGGAACACACGGGCGGCGCUGCUGUACUCGCUGGGCGGCUGGACCAUGCUGGGGGCCAUGAUCCACUACAGCCGCACCAGCGGCGGCGACAUCGCGGGCGAGAAUGAAAGUGAUCCUCAGGCACAACAAGGACCCCGUCAGGAAGUAUUUGUUACAGACACAGCUUUUGGACUCCGAGUGACAACAACAAUAACAUACAGGGAAGUUCAACCUCCUAUUACUCGGCUGCUCAGGCGUGUGAAAUCAUUCUUUUAUCCUAAUGAUGUCCCUCCUUCUGAAAAUUGAGUAGACCGGAAGCUCAGGACUUUGUGCUGGAGCUGGCUUGUCUGAGAAAGUCAUCCCGGUGCCUGGCACCUGACUGCUGGUGGAAAACUUCUGCAUUGCUGAAGUGACAGCUCCAUCUCUGACAGCUUCACAGAACUUGCAGGCCUUAUCAUCUGCUCGGAUCACUGCUAUUCUUUGCACAUGUAUUCAAAUUAUUAAACGCGAGCUGGGUUGUGAGUUGUUAA